AUGCAGCAGAGCAUUCCUGAACUGCUGCUUCUGCUGCCGACUGUUGUUAUUGACGAGAGGUACGUGCAGGAUGGCCGUGUUACAAUGUCCAUGGAUGAUGCUUCUACUAUCGCUAACGCAUAUUUCCAGAUUGUGGAGGAUUAUUUGCAGCAAAGAGAAUUACACAGGGGACAGUUGGAACUUGAAAAAGAGGUCAUUCCGGCGAUUGAGUUUGCACUGCGACUCUUUAAUGCUGAAAACUUCAGUGGUGAGUUGGUACCGACGGAGCGGGAGCGGCUGGCUUCUGUGCUGCAGCGCUUCACUAUGGCUGAUGUGCCUCAUGAGCGGUGUGUGCAGCGGCUGCUUGUGAGUGAUGGUGAGAUGCCACACCCGUUUCUUCGACUGGGUGGCCUUCUGUUGUGUGUCUUGGCCGUUGUCUGUAGCAAAGUGCGGGGUACGAAGCAACCGCUUGUGCCAUAUUAUUCCGUAUGGCGUCUACGAGUUCAUAUGCGUCACCAACUUGUGUUGCAGCAUCGUGCACAUUCUGUGUUUCUUCACCUUUCCGCUUGUGUGGAUGCUGCGCUGUCUCUUCCGGAUGAGAAUCUCAGUGUUGAACAUCUCCUCGAGGUGGGCCAUGUGCAUAAUUAUUAUCACCGACGCGAUAUUGCUGCAGAAACGUUCUGGCGGGCUGUCCGAAAAAGUGGACUUUCCGUCUCUGAGAGUGCCAUGAUGGGCGUGCGUACACGGUGGCAGGGACAUCAGCUUGUGCAGAUGGUCAUGAAUGCGCAGAGUGCGUUGCCAUUUACGCCGCAAUUAGUGACGGAUGCGCCGCGGGUUGUUAUGGGCGAAAAGGAUGGCCAUGAUCUGCUUGAUCGACCGCGCGAGACCCCAGAGAGUCCAGCACCCCCACUGCAAUCACUGCAUCCUGUCGACAAGGCAAUCAUUCUUGCUCUCUGCCUCGACAUCCGUAACACCAAUCCGUAUCAUGGGCUAACGCAGCAUCACAUGCAAACAUAUGUGGAACGACUACUUGUCGACCCCGCACCCGCACCAUUUAUGAUUCAGUCUCAAAUGCUUCUUAUACGCAGUCGGCUGGAACGUCGACGCAAUCGGGUGCAGGAAAGAGCCUUUAUGCAGAUUACAGAGUUGGUGGACCAAUUUUCCGCAGCACGCGAUCCCACACGCGAGACGCUUCACCGCACAGAAAGUGACUACUUUUAUAGUGUGGCAUAUCCAUCUAUUUGGCAUUUAAA